AUGGGGCAGAGCUGUUGCCGCUCCCUGGAUGCCAGAGCCUUGUGUGAUGAUGCGCCCAGCCAGGUUUCUCCCGAGUUUACAGAGGCCGGAGCUUUUGAGAUCGAGACGCUCCUACAAGAGCUCUUCCGGUUGCAUGAUCUGAACAACAACGGCCUUCUGGAGAUCGAGGAGCUGGUGCAGCUGAACUCCAAGGUCGCUUUGCUGCACCAUGGGAGGGACACAAAUCUGUCGGCAGUGAAAGCCAGGUACCAACAACUCUUCAAAGAGCGCUUGGAUCCCUUGGGGAGACCUGUCCCGUACAGGACAUUUCGCAAGUACGUGGUCCAGGUUCUGAAUGGACUCGACCCAGAUCCAGCAGCACAGGAGAUGAUGUUGGAACAAUUUGUGGUGGAGGCCAAGUCAGCUCGGGCCGUUUUUCACGUGCCCUCGUUCGCCAGCAACGCCGACAAGGCAUUCCUACCGCACUUGUCCCACGCGAACUCUUUUCCAAGGACUCCCGACAAGGAGACUGCACAAGAGGCAGCAGAUCUUCGUUUGCAGAAAGCAGCUAUGGGUGGUGCCUGA